AUGGUUCCUGUGGAAAGCACGCAAUGGCAAGGUCUUCGAACGAAAGGAUUCAACGCCACUGGAAGUUCUCCAGAUUCGCCAUCAUUGAGACCGUUUUGCAGGUUUGACGCAUCUUGGAAAGAUGAUGAUGCCGGGUACGGUGGUGGCUUCGUGAUGGAGGAGGAUAAGAACACAAUAUUUGGUUCAUUUGCUACUAACCGAGUAUUGUCCCCCUUACAUGCCGAGUUUAAUACUCUGCUAUGGACCAUGAAAUCCUCACUACUUCUCGGUCACAUCUCGAUGGUGUUUGAAUCAGAUUGCCUGCAACUGGUUAAGCUAAUUGAGGAAGAAGAAGAAUGGCCUAAGUCUAAUGGCUGA